AUGAUAAACUACGCGCUCGCGAGUGACUGUCUUGAACCGAAAUAUAUCGCCUGUCCUUCGCAUCUGAUUGGAAUAUUAGCAGCAAGAAGAAACGCAAACCUUGGCUGGAUUUUAUACAGCUUCCUGUGGUCUAGCGAUUUUGCAUUAUUACAGAUUGAAACGAUAUCGACGAAACAUUUGUUGGAUUAUAAAAAAUUGCAAAUUGCGGACUCGCUAAGAAAAAAGCAGCAACCGCCAGUCAGUAGCACACCAGUAUCUUCCAAUGGGCCCCCGCCUCCGUCGGCCGCCGCUUCCUCCACCAACAUAGGCACAGUUAUCACAUCGCAGAGCUUCACCAGCACAGCGGUAGCAGCCGCUACAGCCUCUGCCGUCGCCACCGCCACCUCAAUCUCAUCGGCAACAGUGACAAACACAGCACAACCCACAGUCCAUAGUGCGCUCUUUAGUUCCGAAAAUAAGGACAAAAUCGACGAUGAUAGCAGUGGCUCCUCCAGCACUAACCCCGCGAUAGCCGCCGAUGGCAGCGACGACAAGGAUGGCGAUAAAGAUAGCAAGAAGAAGAAGAACCGAUGCGUAACCUGCCGCAAAAAAGUUGGACUGACAGGCUUCGAGUGCCGAUGUGGUGGUCUCUUCUGCGCGAUACAUCGAUACAGCGAUAAGCACGAUUGCUCGUUCGACUAUCGGGAGCUCGGCGCUGCGGAAAUUAGACGUAAUAAUCCGGUCGUGGUUGGAGAGAAAAUUCAAAAAAUUUGAACACUCGUGCCAUCUAAUAUCUAUUAAUAUACAUAUAUAAUUCAAUUUAAUCUUAAUGAAAUAUAAAUAAUAAAAGAGAAAAAAACACAAGAAUGCAGAUAUGGUAAAACACAACAGAGAAAACCACACAGAGCAAGCAAAACAAGCAAGCGUUUAAGAACAGAAUCCUUAUACAUAUUAUUACAAUAAUGGAUAAUUAGAGAACAACCACGCGAACGAAAGAGAGAGAGGAACGAAACAAACAAAAAAAUUAAAGCUAGUAAUUAUUAUUACUUUUCAUAAAUUUAGUGAAGUGAAAGGGGAAUAAAGCUGGAAAUAUAAUUUCGAGAUGUUGAUGGAAACAAUAGAAACCACCUCACACAAACACGACGAAACACAUGCAGCAGAGCAAACCCACACACACACACCCACCCACCCACAUAAAUAGGGAUUUUGUUGAUUGAUUGCAAACCUGUUAGGGAAGUGGUCAAAUGAAUGUUCGUGUGUGUGUGUGUGUGUGUGUGUGCAGACGCUUAGCCAUGUGUUCCUGCUUUAAUCUGUGUGCGUGUGCGUGGACUGCUUAUUGGAGGUAAACUAGUAGUGACAGUGUUUCUUUGUAUUCUCUCCUAUUUUGUAAACAGAAAUCUAUUGCAUAACACCUCGUCUCGUCUCUGAGAGUUCAAACGUUUAGGAUGAUGGAUGAAAACGUAAGAAACAAAAUUCAAACAAGGCACAGCACGCUAUUACUACCUAUUGCUAAUUAUAGAAUAAAAGUGAGCGCAGAAAGAGAAGCGAGUGGAACUUUUUUUAGUGAGUAUUGAGUUGUACUAAUGUGGCUCUAGCGGGUUAAGGUUUUUUUUUGCAGUAGGAAGGGAACAUUAUGCAUGGUCGUUAAAAUGAUAAGUAUAGGUAGAACGCAGGCAAAUAAUAAGUGAGUAAAAUCAGUCCAGCCGGAAGGAACAGCGAGAGCAUAAAACUAAACCUAAACUAGUAAGGAAGGAAUCACUUGUGUUUCUGGACGUAGGACGCAAACAAAAAAGUAUAUUUUAGUAACAAAAUGAAGAAAAUCAUGCAAAAAAAGAAAAACAAAUGAGAGAAAGAAUAAAGAAACAUACACACACGAAAACUUCUGAUGCGAUGAAAAGUAAGUUCAGUUGUAAAAAGAGGAUGAAAGAAACUAGGUAUGAGAAAUGAUAUUUUUUUCUUGAAAUUAAUUUAAUUUUUUAAGUAUGCUACACGGAAUGGAAUUUUAUGAACCUUAAGGAAGUAUAAAAAUAGUGUGUAACCGCAGUUUUUUUCAGAAUAUUUUCUAUAUAAAGUCUUGGUAGGGCGCAGAGUUUGGAUUGUGUUUAUCCAAACCAAAGAAAAGAUAGAUUCGAAAUAGAUACGAUGCAAUCACUAUUUCCUUCUUUAUAUUGAUAGUAGAAGAAGGAAACAGACUUUAUAUGUCGUGUGAAACCUUCCGCUUCAUAUUAGAGGAAAAUCGAUACAAGUUUGCCAUUUUCAUAACUCAUCUUCAAAACAGAGAAGUGUACAAUACAGACUGGCCUUCGUAUCUCUUCUAUUGCCGGUUGAAGCAGAAUAGACAAAAUAAUGCUACAAAAAAUGCAACUUUUUCUAGUCCGUCGUUUAAUGCAAACAAAUUGGUUUCGGCAUUUACAUUCGUUUGUUACCACGAACACACGCACACAAACAAUGAUUUCAAUCGAAUUGUUUGCUAAAAUGGUUAGAAUACACAUACACACAGCCUAAGUCACUUGGUCUUGAUUUUACAAAUUUUGAGUUCAUUCAGAGAAGGGGGAAGGAGGUGCGGUCGAAGAAAGCAAAAAUGAAAUUUCAGUGCAAUCAUAAUAAGUUUUACCCGCAUUAGUGUUAUUCUUUCGUGCUGCUCCUCCCAAUUUUUACCAUUCUGUCCGCUCCCCGGCUCGAGAGAGUGAGAGAGAAUCCGAUCUGUACUGUCCACAUUUUCGUUUUCUAAAACCGUUUACGUAACAAUCGUGGGUUCAAAAAUACCCUUCACCCCAUCGCAAACUCCAUCACUGCUCCUCGUUCGUUCAACAUAUUGCAGCUCUUAUUUCGCGCACUCCUGCGAGAGGACCUGAGAGGAGGUGUAGAUGAAGCGCUUUGUACAGAUAUAAAUAUAUUAUUUAAAUUAAAGAAAGAACAAUAGGUCGAAGAGAAACAACUACUGCGAGUGUAACAUGUAUCCUUUUCACACAUUAAAAUACGGGCGGAAGGUAGAAACAUGUUUUAAGUGUUUAACAAUGCAAACCGUUUAUUAAAUGUGAGCUAUACUACUAGAAUUCGUGAAAACCUUAGAGAGAAAGAAAAAAAAAGAUAGCUACGCGUGAUGUUUUUGUUUUAAUCUGUUCCACUAUUAUUUUGUUCGUUGUUUUCCUACACCCCUCGUUUAGAUCAUUGGAGAUCCUGUUUGAAAGAAAAAUGAAGCGAUUGAAAAUGUAUAUCCUGUUCGUACUUUUUUAGCUUUUAGUAGUUGGUGGCACCUCAGGUUCUUUAUAUAUUUUUUUUUCUUUUCUAGAAGAGUUGAUUUUUUAACAUUCUUGUAUAGUUGCAAUUCUUGAUUUUGUGCUGUUUAGUGGAAAAAAGAGUCAUCCAUGCACUCUUAUAUACACGUUAAUAACAUAAGUAAAUCAAAAUACAUAUGCUUUUUUCCGCUGCGGUGACACCUUUCCGGCAAAAAAAAAGAGUGUGAAUAACAAAUCCAACAAAAAUCGACGCAAGAACACGUUUUCUCUUGAUUGAUUUUAAUUAUAGCUUUAAAUUUCUGGAUGUGGAUUUUAUUCCAAUUAUAUUGAUAUAUUAUCACCAAGACGAAAGAAAGAGAAAAUGAAACGAGAUAUAAUGUGACUUUCAAUUUAUAACCUUAUUACAUUUAAACGCAAAAGGGUAAAACACAACUCUAGUAAGCUAUAUUUGCUAAAGAAAAAGAAAGUGAAAAAAAAACCAAUUCAUGUGUAUAAACAAAACAAAACAAACGAAUUACUAUCUCUCUAAGCGAACAAAAUGGAAAAUGAAAACCCACACACACACAUCCAUUUUUGCGUGGAGCGGAUGGGAGGAACAGAUUGCGCGUACCUUAGCUCUGCAGCGGAGAUGGAAAUGAAAAUAACCGGAUUGGAUUGCUAUAUUAAUGUGUAGUCUUUUGCGUUUUCGUUGUUCCACAGGAAACACUAGAAUCACACACACACACACACACACACACUCCCCGGUUGGUCUCGAAAAAUGAUUGGCAAACAAAAGCACAAAAAAGUAACAUGUGUUGUGGUCUAAUCACACACAUACACACACAAUCGGCUGCUGUUUGGAAACGGGCAAAAUUCAAAUGAAAAAGAAACAAAAAAACAAUUGUAGUUCUGUAGUUGGAAGGCAUCCUGUGUGAAAAAUGCAAGUUUUUAUUAUAUUAAUCGAAGUCAGUCGCCAAUCUGUGUGAAGUGGGGGGAAUGAAAUUAAGACAAGAGAGAAAAGAACAAGCUACUAAUUAACACAACAUAUUUUGACAAUGAAAGCGAGAGUUAAACAAGCAAACAAACAAAAAUGAAAGGGAGAAAAGCAAACUACACUGUUGGAAAACACGAAGAAAGAACAGCAAACUUAUAGCUAUAAUUUUCGUUCAAUUACACGAUUAUUGUUUUUAAAUCAAUUGAAUUUAUUCAAAUAAAAAAUAUACCCAUACAAUAAAAAUAA